UUUCCGCUUCAGUAUGGCUGCGUUAGCAGGUGUCCGGAGGCUGCACUGCUGCGCGGCGGCCUGGGCGGGCAGCCCGUGGCGACUCCAGCAGGGCCUGGCUCCCAACCCUUCCGGCUACGGGCCCCUUACGGAGCUGCCAGAUUGGUCUUACGCAGAUGGCCGCCCUGCCCCUCCAAUGAAAGGGCAACUUCGAAGAAAAGCCCAAAGGGAGAAGUUUGCAAGACGAGUUGUAUUGCUGUCGCAGGAAAUAGAUGCUGGAUUACAGGCAUGGCAGCUCAAACAGCAGGAGAAGUUGCAGGAAGAAGAAAGGAAGCGGAAAAAUGCCCUUAAACCCAAGGGGAUUCUACUACAGAGCCCACUACCUAGUCAAUAAAAAGUAGUUCCUGUCUCCUU